AUGGGAAGUGAGCAUUACUGCCUUAGGUGGAAUAAUCAUCAGAGUAAUCUUCUUGGCGUGUUCAGUCAACUUCUCCAAGACGAAAGUUUGGUGGACGUGACGUUAGCUUGCGCCGAAGGACACUCUAUUAGAGCUCAUAAAGUUGUACUCUCGGCUUGUUCUUCUUAUUUUCAAACGCUUUUCAUCGAUCAUCCCAACAGGCAUCCCAUCGUUAUUUUGAAAGAUGUGUGUUUUGAAGAGUUGAAAACUAUUGUAGAUUUUAUGUAUAAAGGUGAAGUGAACGUAGAAUAUUGUCAACUCUCUGCACUUCUGAAAACGGCUGAAAGUUUAAAAGUUAAGGGUUUAACAGAAAUGACGAAUCUGAGUUCGACCAGUUCGACGGAAAUAAUAAAAAAAGAAAAAACGGAAAAGGACUCGGAUGAAACGGAAACGUUUUCAUCUAAAAAAAAUUCGGAAGAAGGAGAAAUAACAGCCGUUACAGAGACUGUUAAUAAAAGACUGACGAACGAGAACACCAAAUCACCGUCCUCCUGUUUGCCGGCAAACAAAAAACUUCUCGUGGAACAGGAAUGCGAAGAGAUAGCAGAGACGGAAGCAAACAAAACAGAUUCUGCAUCUGAUUCGUGUGCUAAAGGAGGAUGUCCGGGUCCAACCGAAAUGAGUGCCUCAGGCAUGGCUCUAUGCCAAAUGCCUUCUUCGUGUUCUUCUCCCCACGUUAGCGAACCGUUUCCCGGAACAUCGUGCUUACCACCGGUUCAACAAGUUCCUUUGAGAAAAGGAGGAUAUUAG